UUGCAUAAGCAAGACAAAGUAAUCCAGCUGGUAUAUAAAGAGAUGAGUAAACAGACAGAGAUCAUUUCUUGUAGGCUUUAUACCACUUACUUUCCAAAAGCUGAAGAGUUGAAGUCUCUUUCAAUCAGAAAGGAUGAAGUGCACCAUGCUGUUCCUUGUGCUGUCGAUGGUUGUCCUCAUGGCUGAACCUGGGGAGGCCUUUAUUCACCAUAUUAUCGGUGGACUUAUUAGUGUUGGCAAACAUAUCCACGGCCUCAUCCACGGACAUGGGAAUGUCAAACAGCAACAACAGCAGCAAGAGCAGCUAAACCAACGCUCAUUUAACCGAGAACAGUUCAAACGGGAAAGGGCUGCUUUUAACUAAACUUCACCCUGAAAGACCAAGUCUAAAAUGUUUCAUUUUUGUUAAAAAGAAAUGCUUUCUGUGCUGGUUUAGCUCAGUGGGAUGAGCAGGGGACCAUAUGCCCCAUGGCUGAGAGUGGCCGGUCGUGGUUCAAGUCUGACCUGCGGCCCUUUGCCGCAUAUCUUCCCCUCUCUCCCCCUGCUUUUCUGUCAGUCCUCACUCUCCCUAUCUAAUAAAGGCCAAAAAAAAAAACUGAAAAAGAAAUGCUUUCUGUUCUUCUGAAAAAACAAAACAAAAAAGACCUGCUUGGAUUGCCAUGGCUUCAAAAUAUGUUUGAAUCUGAUACGAGUUAAACAGACAGAGACAGUUGCUUUGAAUACAUUUUCAAUAAAGUGAAAUCUCUGGCAACACUUGUGAUAUGUCAAAAAAAUUUACUGCUUGAACAACACAUUUUGAUGUAAUGCUAAAUGAAAGAGUAAAUCUUGAUGAACAAAAA